GACGAGGGUUUGUUUUUGUCCACCUCACCAUCGGGCUUGUUGUCGCGGUCUCUUCGUCGCUGUCGUCGCUGUCUCGAGCUGCCCGCUCGCUACCACUCCUUAUUUUACCUUCGUUUUAGACGAUUCAACGACUAAAUCAUGAAGCUUGAAGCUCUCGCCGCUCUUUUCUCCCUCCUCGCCGCCGCCAACGCACACGAAGGCGUCUUCGGUCGUCACGCUGCCAUCGCGCAGAAACGUCAGGAUACUACGUCUUCGGUCUCGUCUGCAUCCUCUUCUGUUUCGUCAUCGCUAGCCAGUUCACAGACCUCGCAAGCCUCAACUACCAGUAGUCAGGGUGCGACAUCUGCGGUGUCGUCCGCUUCAGCUACUAGCGCUCCUGUUGCUCCUUCAGCGCCUGCAGGUCCCCCUGCCACAGGUGCAAAUGGUGUUCCUCCUUUGAGCCAGAUUACGUCUGGUAUGCCCGCUGGUACCACCUACGCUGCUUCGGAGACAUUUCCGGCCGGCUCGACGCCCUCAUUCUCUGGUGCCCCACCUUUGCCAACUCCUUUUGUAUUCAGCCCCGGUAAUUGGCCGGCUCAGGACAAGAUCCCUCCUACAGACUCUCCUGAGGUUCAGGAGUGGAUAAAAGAGUUGGACGGUGUCAAUAUUCCCGAUUUUGCACCAACUGUCGAUGGUAGUUGUGGUGGAGACCCUGCAGCCGCCGCCCAAGCUGAGCAGCGUGGAUGGUGGACUUGUGGUGGCUGGACCGGUCCAGAAGACAUCACGAUGUGCCCAGAGAAACUCACCUGGGGUAUAAGUUUUGAUGACGGUCCAGGUCCCUACACCCAAAAAUUAUUGGACUACCUGGAUACCAAGAAUCAGCAAGCCACUUUCUUCGUCGUUGGCUCACGAUGCAUUGAGCGUCCUCAAUUGCUUAUCGAAGAGCACAUGGCUGGUCAUGAGAUCAGUGUUCACACCUGGUCACACCAUGCAUUAACCACCAUGACUAACGAGGAGAUUGUUGCUGAGCUUGGUUGGACCCGCAAGAUCAUCAAGGAGGUUCUAGGCGUCACCCCAACCACUAUGCGUGCGCCUUUCGGUGACAUUGACAACCGUGUCCGUGCUAUUUCGCUUGCUAUGGGUCUGCGUCCUAUUCAAUGGACUCGUUUCAAUGGCUUCGCAUACGACACCAACGACUGGAAGGUUGCCGCUGGAACCGUCUCUCCCACUGAUCAGAUGGCGACGUUCAACUCUAUUCUUGGCAAUGCUACCCUCAUGGACAACGGGUUUAUUGUUUUGGAGCAUGAUCUUUACGAACAAACUGUCGAUCUCGCAGUUGGUUACACUUUGGAUGCGGCUCGUACACACAACCCUCCCUUCAAGCUUCAGCGUAUCGGCGAGUGCAUGAAUAUACCCCUUACCGAUAUGUACCUCGAGACGACCACCAACACCACCUUCCCAGCACAUCGCGACACUAACACAUCAGGUGAUCCCAACGGUGCAGCAAACCAAUCUUCCGGUGCGCGCAGCCUCACCUCUCCAGCCGUCAGCGUCAUCAUCGCUGCAGGAAUGGCUGUUGUGGGUGGAUCACUGUUGCUGUAACCGACGGCUUAUGUUGUUGGAAUAUGAACUUUUUCCGAGACGUUGUCAGUUGUUAUAUCAACAUCCUUCAUCUCUAGACUACUCGAUGAGAUUAGGACAUCGCAUAUCUUGUUGCACGCUUCCUUCCCACUGUCGUCGCGAGUCGCGUCUUUCUCCCCCCCUGUCUUCAACAUCUACCUUCUAUUCCGUCACACACUUUUGUCUUAUUUUCUCUACUGUCUCCCUCUCUCUAUCUCCAUCACUUAUACUUCCACUAGUUUUGGUUUUGAGACCCGUCAUGGACAAUUCCAAGAACUUACAGGUUAGGAUUCAGAAUGCUAAUACAAUGUCGAACUCAUGCCCAGCUCUUGCUUGUUUUUCCCCAC